AUGUCGAACCAGGCUGUAGGCAAUGUCUACCAGACAAUCAUCGACGAGGUGAUCAACAGCUCCCGAGUCGACUUUGAGGAGAGCGGCGUGGAGGAAUCGGUGCUGGAGGAGCUGCGCAAGGGCUGGCAGCAAAAGCUCUCCCAGCUUGACGUCGCUCGUUUCCCAUGGGAUCCCAGACCAGAGCCUACCCCAGCUGUGGCAGAUCAGCAGCCUCCCCAGACCUAUGUCCCUCAGCCUCCAUUCCCGGGCUCUGCUCCCGCUGCUCAUAACGGCGCCGCAGAUGGCGCCUACAUCAAGCAAGAGCCGGGCGUCAAUAUCAAGGAAGAGCCCGGCACGCAAGCAGCUGCCGUUCCACAGCAGUACCCUGCGUACGCCAUCGAUAGUGCUGGUAGUGUCGCCGCAAACAGGGCGGCGCAGCAACUGCAAGCGCAGUAUGGAAUGCGCGCUGCGGGCUCCAUCAACGCCAUACAAGAUCGCAUGGGUCAAGGGCCUCAGCAAUCGGGCCAAGCACCGCAGGCCCCGGCCGCAGCUGCUAGCCAAGCACAGCAGCCCAAUCCCACCCCGCCGGCUACCGGUCAGCAAGUGCAGAACAACCAGACCGAUGGUGCCGGAGACGUAGAGGAUGAGGGAGAGGACUUCGAAGGUGUCCUUCUCCGCCGGAGCGACGCCGGCACUCUGGACGAGCUCGGCCGCGUCGACAUCGACCGCAUGCUCCAUUCGCGGAUGGCUGCUCGGGCUCGCAGCAUGGAAGGCGGCGGCUUGAUGCUGCCCUUGAAAGAGGCGACCAAGAACAAGGGCGCCGUGCGCACGAGUCGCAAGGGCAAAGGCGUCGGCGCCUACGAUGGCGGAGAAGACGACGACGUGGAGGACGACGAGGAUGCCAUCAACUCGGACCUAGACGACCCGGACGAGGACCAUGACGAGGAUGAGGUGGACGACGAGGGUCUCGGCCACAUAAUGCUCUGCAUGUAUGACAAAGUCCAGCGCGUCAAGAACAAGUGGAAGUGUACGCUUAAGGACGGUGUUCUUACUGUAAACGGCAAGGAGUACGUUUUCCACAAGGCCACCGGUGAAUACGAGUGGUGA